UAACCUCAGGUCCCCACUCUCCGGCAUUCCGGUCAGUGUGUAAGUUGUAGUUGUUCUUGGUGAAAGUUGAAAGUAUCGGAACGGACCAUAACAUUAUAGAUGCACAGUUUUUCUCUUGCAAAAGAAUUCCAUAAAUGAGGAUGGCGACGAGAUUAGGGUCGGUUUAUCUCGUUACUCCUAGAGGCAGAGCUGGUGAUCUCAGAUGUUUAGCACCCACCAUCAGCAGACCAAAUUCUUCAUUGUCACUGAGAUUGAGAUUCCAGCAACCGCCCUGCAUAAGUAAAUGCUACAGCAGGCUUGCGUCUUAUCAAAGACUUUUGAUAAAAAAUGUUAGUAGCUGCAAUAGGAACUCUUUUCUUGCUGGUGAUAGGCUGCACGGAUUUGCAGCACUCUUUCAAAGGCACAUAAGACUUUAUAGUCCUAGCAAACCAAGCCCAAAUGCUCGUGCCAGCUCCAAGCCUCUACGUGUUGUUGAGGAGGACAAAGCUGCAAUAAACAUUAACAGUCCACAAAGUGUGAAGAACUCUGCUUGUUUUAAGAAAACAGAAGAUAUGUACAGACAAGCCGAAGCUGUUGCUCUGGCAGGGGGAGGAGAAAAGUCUAUGGAAAGGCAUGUAAAAAAGCAUGGGAAGAUGAUGGUAACUGAUAGAGUAAGGGCACUUAUUGAUGAUAUGGACGACUUCCUUGAGCUGUCUCUGAUCGGUGGAGUGGGUAUGCCUUAUGGACAUGUCCCUAGAGCCAAUUAUCUGAAUGGGAUUGGAAAAAUACAUGGCACAUAUUGUAUGGUUUGCGCAAAUGAUGGAUCCUUUAAGGGUGGUGCGAUAUAUCCUAUAUCUGUUACAAAAGGGCUACGCACCCAGGAGAUCUGUUUUCAGAACAGAGUGCCUUCUGUCAUGAUAGUGGAUUCGGCCGGAGGAUUUUUGCCUCUGCAGGCCGAUUUAUUCAACAAUGGCGGCGCUACAUUUUACAACGAGGCUGUGGCAGGUUCUGAAGGGAUUCCUCAAAUAGCCAUUGUUUGUGGCAGUUGCACAGCUGGCGGGGCGUAUAUUCCCACAAUGGCCGAUGAAGCAGUUAUUGUGCACAAGAUUGGUUCGCUGUAUCUGGGCGGACCUCCACUGGUUCAGGCCGCGCUGGGAGAGAUUGUCUCAUCGGAGGACUUGGGAGGAGCAACAGUUCAUUGCGGGACCAGUGGCUGUACGGAUUACUUUGCGUCAAGUGAGCCUGAGGCUUUUGAGAUUGGCCGUGACAUCAUCUCCUGUCUCAACGUCAAGUGCAACAAUGACCUUGACGUCCCAGAUUUUGACGAGCCUUUGUACAACGCUGAUGAAAUUCCUUGUAUCAUCCCCACCCCAGAUUCUCAUCAUGAGAUGGACGUGCUUCCUAUAAUUGCUCGUCUGGUUGAUGGAAGCCGCUUUCAUGAGUUUAAAAACAUGUUUGGGAAAUGUCUACUGACCGGAUUCGCUCAUAUCUGCGGCCGUUCUGUGGAGCCAGAAGUUGAAGGCCAGAGCCAACAUGUUGGCAGCUGUCAGCUGUGCCAAAGUACCCAAGCUGACCGUCAUACUGGGCAAUGGGUUCGGUUCCACCCACUUCUUAAUGGGAGGUAGAGCCGUGAACCCCAACUUCCUGUUUGCGUGGCCAAAUGCCAGAGUGGCUAUCAUGGAGCCCACGCGGUUAGCGGAGACGGUGGCCAGGCAGAAUGACAGCAGUGGAAAGCUGGAUCCAGACAAGUUGAAAAAAUUGACAGAAAAGUUUGUGAAAGAGUCGUCAGCUAUUUAUGGAGCCACUCGGAUACUCAACGAUGGAAUCAUCAUGCCCAAUGAGACUAGAAAGGUGUUGUCGCAGUGUCUGGCCAUCUGUAAGGCGUACGCGCAGCCCCGCAGUGAAGGCUCCCCCGUGCUGAGAAUGUGAAAUACUCUCGGAGCUGGUGUGUGUAACCCGUCCUUCACCAACUCACCCUCAGUUCAGUCAUCUUCUGCAUGGAACGCACAAAGCUUUAGUUGUGGAUAAAUGUCUAAUGCGAUUGAUGACGGUUGAGGUUUAGUUUGGUUUUAAUUUUGUUGACCCAGCAGCUUUUGAAAAGUUUGUUAAAAUCGAUAUUUGAAUAUAUGUAUGUGUAUGUGGAAAAAAGAAUAA